UACACAGAAAGCUCAUCGCAUCACCGCCGUCGAAAGAGUCGAUCCGCUUCGUUGUCUAAACACAAGUGCACCUCAGAUUUAGCGGACAUCACUUUAAUAAUUAUAGCAAGCGAAUAAUACAAUAGGGGUUAAAUAUCCCGAGUUAAUUCUAAAAAUGUUCCAAAAACGAAUUUAUUUGUGGUUAACCUUAAGUAUUUUACUGAUUUUCUGCUCUACAUCAUUUGCCGACAAAAAAGCUAAGAAAUAUUCUCGGGAAGCAAACGAGCCUCAUUUUGAUCAAGUGAAAGCAGAAAGUUAUGAUCCAGACUUUAGAACGUUGCAGAGACCAUUUCGUAUGGCUAAGUUGAACUUAGUGUGGUCUAAGGCACAAAAUAGAUUGACCGAACCCAAAUUGAAAUCUCUCUACAUGGAACUAAAAAUUCAAGACAAAGAGGAAAUUGCCUGGAAGCAAUUAAACUCACAGCAUAAAGAUAAAGAUGGCAUUAAAGCUGACGAGUUGCGUCGGAAAUUAAUAGGAAUUAUGAGUACAUAUGAUUUGUUGGAACAUUUCGAUGAGACAGAAGAUAAGGAGAAAACUAAACCUUAUAAAAAAUUCCACGAUCCAGAAGAACGCCAUAUCAACAAAUCCCUGUUCAAAGAUAAGAAAUUGAAUAAAUUGUGGGAAAAGGCUGAAGUUUCGGGUUUCACAGCAGAGGAGUUGAGCUCUUUGAAACAGGAAUUUGAGCAUCAUCAAGACAAAGUAGAUGUCUAUUAUAGUCUCUUGGAAAAUCUGGGGAGCAAUGUAGAUGUUAAUAAACAUGAAAAUGCAGUUAAUGAAGACGAAUUGGAUAUUUUCAAUACAAUUUCGAAUGACCCAAAUGACAAUGAAAUACAAACACCCGAAAUGAUACGCAGUAAAUAUGAAAGUAGUAUUAACGAAGUAAGAGAUCAUCAUCGAGGCAUAAAAGAUCAUUACGAACGCUUGGAACGUCUUGUUUCAUCUGGCCCACAUAGUCAAGAUUUCAUUGAACCGAAGGUGCAAGGUUUAUGGAGAGUAGCACAAACUAGCAAUUUCAGCGAAAAGGAAUUGGCAUCAAUCAAGACUGAGUUGCAUCACUUUGAAUCAAGACUUCUAAAGCUACGACAUUUACAUGCUGAACAUGCUUUACUAAGAGAGAAAUAUAAGGACGAAAAACAUAAGGAUAAAUCAAAUCGCUUCGAAGACAUGGAGGAAACGCUUAAGAAACAAACACGUAAAGUUGAAAAAAUUCAAGAAAGUAUUGAAAAAAGAAUAUUCAAACACACUGAACUUUAACUCGCUCUCAAAUAAUUAUAACAAUAAUGAUAAGCCGCUAAAAUGUUCCAAAUGUAAGCCAAAAUGAAACAAAAUCAAAUUUGAUUAGUUUGUAAGAUAACGUUAUCAACAUGAAUUUAUUAUUUUUGAUAGAGUUGUCUUUGUAUUUUGUAUAUAAGAUUUGUCUUAAAAAGAAAAUAAUGAGCAUUGUAAGCUCAAUACAUUGUAAUAAAUUGUAUAAUUCGGAUCAUAGGGGGUCAAGAUUAGCUUUUCGGUUUAUUGCUUUAAAGAAAACAAGCAAUCCAAUAAUUCUUGAAUUGGUCAUAUACAGUUUCAUUGUUAUUAGGCAGUUGUAUUGUCUUCAAGAGUAUUUGGUCGAAAAAUGAGCCGUUCUACAUUUCAUCCCAAUUUAGUUGCAAAUGCAUGUGCUUGUUAUUGGUUAAAGAGGGAUCAAUACAGAAAACCAUCCAAUGAUAAUUGAUCUAUAAUGAUUUCUUUGAGGUACAUUCUCGAUGUUGUCAGGUUAUGUUCUCAUUAAUUUCGAAUUGUGCGGCAUAAUAUUAUUGAUAGAUACACACAAUUAAUCCACAUGUUGUAACCAUAAUGUUAAAAGAACAUUAAAUAUUUAGCAAAUAAAAGGAAAACGCCCUUUUUUUAGAAA